UAUGUUAUCGGUGUCAAGUACCUAGUCAUCUGGUGCAGGUUUUCAGGCUUAAAAUGGCUUCUAGUAGUCCUUAUAGUCGUCACAAUAGAUUUGGAAACCGAAACUUUAUAGAAGACAGUGAUAGUGAUGAAACAAGUUACGCAAACAACUGUACUAAACUCAAAAGAAUGAGCCGAGCCACUUCAAAACCAGAAAUGACAUCUUCCGUAGACGAGAAAAUUGAAUGUGGUAAUUCUUUGCAUGGAACAAGCUUGUCUACAUUAAUGACAAAUAAGCAUUACAGCAUUGUUGUUGGUAUUGAAAUAACUAACAUGACACGGUAUCAUCUCAUCAAACCAAAAACGAAGACACAUUCAGGAUAUAUAUCAACACCCGCUGUUUCAGUAAGACCUGGAUAUAAAGAGGCAAUGAUAGCACAUAAACAUGGUUAUACAAUGACCGGAUCAAGUGGAAUAGUAUCUUGGCUAAUACAAAACAAAGAGAAGCGUCUUGUUGUCGCCUGGAGAUCACCAUAUUUUUCUAACAACUGGGUUGGUAUUGGCCUCACGACGGUUGGUAGCGACACCCAUUACGAUUCUUGGUUCAAAAUAAUGAGAAAUAAUCAACAGGGUCAGACACAACUGAAACACAAAUUUUCUACGUUUAGCGAUUCGAGUGAAGAAAUGAUGAUAGAAGAUGACGACUUUAAGGUGAUUUGUUCCAUGGGAACAAGCAGCAAACCAGAAGUAAAGAUAACACUUUGCCCCCUAUGAUACAGGAUCUAUCAUAACAGAAGUAGCUCCACCACAAUAGUUAAAUGCUACAUUUUGUUUUUAUUUGUGUGUCAAGUGGCGCAGGAGUUGACUGAAAAGCAAUGUAAUGUAAGAUUUAAACCUUCAGAAAUUGACAUAACGGCUGAUCAUAUUUUAUUUUCUUUUCUUUUUAUGUUUCGCCAAAAAGUCACUGCGCAAGCAAAAUUGCAAUCCAAUCAGAUAAACGAUAAGGAGUAGGGCUAGUUUCCCCACAAAUUAUUGAAUGUUGAAUGGUUUGUCUGUAUAAGUAAUAAAUCUUUCGGAUGCUUCUAAGACUUUUGUAGUGUUUAGAUAUUCUUAAUUUGUCCAAGUUUUAACAGUUAAUGUCAAAAAAAUAAAUAAUUGUCAAUGCCUCUUUAACACAUCGUCAACGUGAAUCAAUGUUAUAAUAAUAUUGAGUGUCUGAUCACAAAAUGUCAGACUUUGAUUUAAGUUUAUAACUACAAUUAUUCUGAUGGAUUUUGAAACUAUUUUGAGUAUCGUAUCCCUCACAACAUCAAGAUUUGUUAACCUCAUCUAAUAGGUUAUCUGUAAUUGUAAUUUGACACAUAGCUAGUUGUAUGGUCUGUAGUUAAAUCGGAAUUCAUAUCUGUCAUCUGGAGAUUGCGGAACUAAUCGACGUUUAUAGAACAUUAAAAACAAUUUAACUCGUUUAAAAUUAUGGCGUUAGAGUUUUUGUUGGAAAUUUAAGAAAUACUUCUCCGUUAGGCAAUCAUGAAUCUAAUGGAACAGUGCUUACAUUCAACAACAAAAAACUCGUACACGUUUUUAAAAUAAUAACUUAUAUAUUAAUGAUAAGACCACGAGAUAAACGAGAUCAAAUGCAAGAACUCGUAGAUAAUAGAGAUUGAGACUUCGUCUAAAGUCAGAUAAUAGUCUCUCAUCAUCAGUCAUUGAAUUUUAUCUUGCUUAUAAAAUUAAGUUUUAUUGAUUAACAUUCACUUUUCAGAAUGAUAUAAUGAAAGUUAAAAAAACUUUGUCUUAUUUCAUAUUGAUGUUUCGAAUAUGUUUUGUUCAUAGAAAUGCUUUAAACUGGUAUUAUUAUAUCGUUAUUUUAGGUUGCGUAUAGUUAUUUUUUUCACCAAGGGAGGAUUUAUUGUGUAUUUAGAUGUAGGUAAUACAACUACUAAACUUAUUGCAAAUAGAUAUUUUCUUUAUCAGUGUUUCUGUUGUUCCUUAUAGCUGAUAAGGUUCCCUCAGUAUUAUUCUGUAACCAAGAUUUGGUUUCUCUUUCCUCUUUUGACUUUUGAA